AUGGAGAAUCUUCACCCCCAUUGCCUUAAAUGCAUCAACAGAAGAUGCAUGGUAAGACCAGAGACAGGUGUUUCCUGUGACCUCAUUGGCUGCCCCCUCGUCUGUGGGGCAGUUUUCCACUCAUGCAAGCUUGAGGAACAUCGUUUACUGUGUCCAUAUGAGCGGCUGCCAUGUUUAAACAGUGGAUUUGGCUGCCCUUUCUUUAUUGCGAGGAUCAAGAUGGCACAACACCUUGAAACUUGCCCGGCAAGUAUAGUGUGUUGUACUAUGGAGUGGAACCGCUGGCCUGUGAGCUACGCCGAUCGCAAGUCCUAUGAAAACUUGAGCAAAGACUUUGAUGAGGUAGAGCAGCUAGAUAUGGCCUUGGCCCUGCAGGAUCAGAGGAUGCUGUUAGAGUCCUUGAAGGUCACGACCAAUGUGUCAAAGAACGGAGAUAAGGAGUCAGAUGAAAGUGACAAAAUGGCCACUGCAUCAAGUGUAACAGAGACAGUGCUGAGUAAUGGAGCAGUGGAAAUGGAAGAGGAGCCUUAUAAUGAGUUGUAUAGGGCCUCGGUGGAGACAAGUAGAAGUUUAGCAGCAGCCUUGGACAUCCUCACUAAUUCAAAGGACAUUGAAGUAAUUGUUGGAAAUUUAAAUGGGGAACAGACCGAUAAGAACGGAGCGAUCCACAAUGGGGGAAAUGGUGAUUGUCACACUGAUUAUGUCGCUGAAGGUGGGAAGAACGUAGACAUGCAAGAUAGUGACUCUGAUUCAGAGUGUGAGCUCGGAGCUGUCGGCGGAGUGGAUUGUGCAGUGGGGACGGAUGAAGACGACGGUAUUAGUUGGGUGGAAGAAAAUGAUUUUGUGGAGUUGUUUUUCGAAGAGAAAGAAGAUCUUAUCAGCGAACCAAUAAACGGUUCCAACCUUGUCUGGCCAGAGAUGCCUCAGAAUUACAUGCCUGUUGUUGCACUGGAACCUCCUGUUCCUCAGCAAGAACCACUUUCACCUCCAUUGCCAUUCCUGCUGUCUGAUCACGUGAGAAACAACUUCUUGCAACAUUUGCCCACUGAACUCAGGUAUAGGUGCUUGGAGCGCAAACUACAGAACGUAGAAGUGCUUAGAGGGAUAAGCAUGUUUACAUUUAACGGACGCCGGGCUUUGCUGUCAGACCCGUACUUGUUCAGAGCAAAGAUGGAGGACAAGGCAGUAGACACAUCUGACCUGGAAGUAGCCGACGACCCCAUGGGGCUCCACGGCAUUGAUCUAAUCACCGCUGCGUUGCUAUUUUGCCUUGGCGACUCUCCGGGAGGCCGAGGAAUCUCAGACAGCAGGUUUGUAGAUGGCUACCACAUUGACUUUGGUACACAGACAUUCUCCUUCCCUUCAGCCAUCCUCGCAACCAACACCAUGGUGGGAGAUAUCGCUUCAGCCUCGGCGUGCGAUCACGCCAGCCCACAGCUUUCCAACCCAAGCCCCUUCCACACCCUCAGACUGGACCUGGUGCUCGAAUGCGUGGCUCGAUACCAAACGAAGCAGCGCUCCAUGUUCACAUUUGUGUGCGGGCAGCUGUUCCGGCGGGAUGAGUUCUCGUCUCAUUUCAAAAAUGUUCAUGGGGAUAUCCACGCUGGACUCAAUGGUUGGAUGGAGCAACGCUGCCCCUUAGCCUAUUACGGCUGCACCUACUCCCAAAGACGAUUCUGCCCGUCCGUACAGGGCUUCAGAAUCAUCCAUGACAGGCACCUCGGCUCUUUCGGGGUUCAGCCUGGUCAACCCCCCAAAAAUGGGGUCGUAAAAAACACCUGCCACUUUGGAUCUAAGUGUGAUCAACUCAGCAGUCUUCCAUUUGAGGUGUUGCAACAUGUAGCAAGCUUCCUGGACAGCUUCAGUUUGUGUCAGCUGUCCAGAGUGUCCCGCACCAUGAGGGACGUGUGUGCCAGCCUGCUCCAGAUGCGAGGCAUGGUCGUCCUGCUGUGGGAGAAGAAACGGCGCGCUGAUGGGUCUCCUUCAUGGCAGAUCACAGACAAGGUGUGGAGAUUCAGCACAGCUUUCGGUACAGUGAACGAGUGGAAGUUUGCCAACAUUGCCAGCAUGGCCGACCACCUCAAAAAGUGCAAGUUCAAUACGAUUGCCCGUCGGGAAGAGGCGAUCCCUCUGCCGUGCAUGUGUUUCACCAGAGAGCUCACAAAAGAGGGGAGGUGUUUACGUUCGGUUCUCAAACCAGUAGCAUAAGUGAUCCUUUUUUUAUAAGAUGAAGCCAGCUUUUUGACAUUUGAGACCAUCACAACUGAAAUACAGACGCGUUUUCCUCCAGUGUUUACAGAUGUUAGAAAUAUCAGUCACUCCCAACCUCAGAAAGACGGAAAACUCCUGGUUGGAAGUCAGAAACUGUUUGUUGUUCGUUGCUUCACAGUGAAAGAAAAACUUCACUCCCAUAAAUAAGACAAAGCCAGUGUGGGGCCGAUUAUUUUUUCAGCCGAGGCUGACAUGCUGCAAUCACUAAUCAGCACUGUUAUCAAAGGAAAUUGAAGAGCUAGCCUUGAAUCUUCCACUGUGGUGGAUUUAUGAAUACCAGUGUUGUACCCUUAUCUACCCUGACUUUGUGUAAAUAAUCAGAUGUUUUGAUGUAGGAUUUUUUAUUUUUAUAUCAAAAGUCAGUACUGUGCUACAUUGGAGGUAAGAGUAGAGCCUUAACUCGUGAUACACUUGAUCUUCUAGUCAUGAGGUUGUUCAGAACAUCUCAGUGAGAUUUCUCAGCUGCUUCUAGCUGGAACAGUUUACUGGUAUCUUGCACGGUUUUUAUAUCUUAUCCUGAUACCUAGAGCGACCAUAUGUGUACUGCUUAGAGCUCAUAGAUUUAAUGGCUUUAAUUCUACAUUUUAAGACUGACCAAACAUCUGUUGUAGCUGUGCACAAUGUAUGCCAUUUUUACAGGCUGAAUAUAUUCACUGAGGUUGUUGACUUGUGUUCACCAGCAUAAGCAUGUCACCAUCAUGUGUGGUGUUUUUAAAUGUAGUGUGUUUUUGUGGUUUGGCACAUGCUGCUGAAGUUAUAUCUGUAACAAUGGUGGUCCAUCUUUUCUUUUCUCUCACUUCUGACUAAUGGGCUGGCGUAUUAGUCAGGUGAGAGAUGAAAUAACACUACUCACCAGCCAAAACCAGGCAGUACAUUUUAGCUGCGAUUGGCUUGUGUUUUGUCUCUUCAACCAGCUACUUUUGACACGAAACCAGCAACUUUUUGUAGGUUCUUUUAUCCAAAAACAAAGUGUAGCAACUAGUAAAAUAAUGAAUGUAUAAUGAAUCAUUGAGUUUAAGAAUACAUCAGCGACUGUGGUUAGUGAGCACAAAGCUCUGUCAGUCCUCAGAAAACCCUGCAGGCCAGGUGUUAAGAAGUAUAACGGGCACACACUUCCCUCCAACUAAUAAGCAGAACUAAUUUAGUUUAUAAUCAUUAUUUAUCAUGGUUGAUUUUUUUUUUCUCUUUUUGUUUGGGCACUACACGUCCACUGUGUUCAAAUGUUGGUGUCUCAGGGUUUUAGCAUGAAGCUUUGUCAGUAGGUGCUGACCAACACUAGCAGUGUGUGUGUGUGUGUGUGUGUGUGUG